AGAAUGUUGCAAAGUGGUCACUCCGCUUGCUCAGAAAGCUAGUUGUAAACUCCUAAAAAUGUUGAAAUGUUGCGAAGGCAUACACAUGAGAAGCUGAGUGUGGAAGUCUUCAAGGGAGUUUUCAUUCCUAUGGAAACAAGCAGGGUCGGGUAAGCAAUUUCUUCCCUUAUCCCUUCGCCCACAUAAGGUGCUCAUGAUAGAUGUGCGCCGGCUGGCUGUGUUGUCGCAGUAGUAAAGCUUAGAUGUUACAUGUAUGUUGUUUUGCUGGCAAAGGUAAAAUGAGAAAUUGACCCCCACCCUCGUCCUAAUGUACCGUCCAAGCUGUCAGGGAUACAAAUCCCCAGCCUGCGCAAAAUAAAGAGUUUAGUGUAGCGAAGCGUUUGAUGUAUGAGGGAUAGGUUUCCUCUGUACCUGUAGGCUCAGAUGGAUAUGGUGCGUAGUACUGAACAACAAUGGGACCAGAUCCAAGUCGAUCACCUGAAGUUUUUCGACGGCGGAUCUAUUUACACCAGACCCUUCACGUUUGAACUCAGAAAUUGUAGAUGUAUAGACGCAAAGUACUCCUAGAUCUCCAAUGUCUUCAACAGUCAAUGCCAAUGAACUCCCGAGUCGAGAUCUAAGUGUGAUGGUUAUCAAACAGGGUUGCUGUGUACCUCCGCUUCGAGUACUUUUCCUUGCGCAUAAAAAAGAAUCGCACAUUUUGUUGAUUAUGUACAUGUCCGUUGGUAGGUGGCCAUUUCCGUUAUUUGCAGUAACAAUCACCAAGGAUGAUGGCACCUAGAGUGUCUGUUGUAUAAGUUCGUAGGGUCAGAAUUGAUCAUGUAAGUCAUUGGUCUACUGCACAAUCUAUUCAGAGAUAUCAAAAGUUAUUGACUUUCAGGUAGGGAAAUCUCAUUAAACUUUAUAUCAAACUGCUUAGCCUUUUUGUGUUUGAAAUCAUCAGGCCCUCAUCUGGUCUACUUUUGUUCCCUUUUAGCUGAUCAAACGCAAGAUGCCACGUUGUGUUCCUACUGCAUCCCAUGCUGAAAAGUUAAAUCUGGCUGUUAAUUAAGUAACAUAAGGAAAACGUGUUGCUUGGUUUAUCGAGUGUGUCGACAGUGUUUAUUGUAGGAUUGUCUUGCGUAUACUGGUUCCGUCCUCUUUCUUGCAGCCAUGGUUGGCAGGUGCAAGGUUUCCAUGGCGAUAGCAAGGUUGCUCUCUCG